AUUCUCCAAACGUAUUUGUUGGAGGGGACUAUUCUCCAGGCGAAACGGAUUUUGUCAAAUUUAUUACUUCUGGCACUUUUGUAGAUAAAUCACUCUUUAUUGUGGAAUUCAUGGUUUACAGUGUACACGCCAAUCUGAUUACUCGUCCUCGCCGGUUUGGGAAAUCUACGAACCUUUCGAUGCUUUAUACUUUCCUUGCACCGGCAUUAUCUGAAGAGGAUAAAGAACGGAGGUUUGGGUUGUUUAAAGGUCUCAAAGUCGCUAAAUUCGAUUGGUUUAUAAAGUUACACUUCGGAAAUUGGCCCGUCAUCCACGUUA